CUUCUACCAUCCCAUUAUUGCCUUCCUAUAAAUGAAACUACACACACCCUUCCUUCCAUCAUCGAAAUAACACACACACAACACAACACACACAUACCCUUCCAAGUUCCAAUUCUCUCAUUAAUCUCUGUUAAUUCUAAUGGGUUCUCUACCUGAUUUCGAAACCACCCCUGUGAGCUCAAGAAUCUCCACGGUGGUUCCAGCCACCCCAAGAGGCGAAGAAAACGGUGCAUAUCAGCUGAACUACAUGGACUUGCUCAUGAAACUCCACUAUAUCCGACCCGUUUACUUCUUCAGCUCUGAAGCUGUGCAGGGUCUCACAGCCUGUGACUUGAAGGGACCUAUGUUCCCGUUGCUGGACAAAUACUCCCAUGUUUCGGGUCGGAUCAGGAGAUCCGAGUCGGGUAGACCGUACAUCAAGUGCAAUGAUGCUGGUGUGCGCGUUGCGGAGUCGCACCAGGAGAUAACGCUGAGAGAGUGGUUUGAUGAAAAUGGGUAUGGAGUUGAGGGACUUGCACCGGAUCACGUGCUUGGUCCCGAUCUUGCCUUUUCUCCUUUGCUUUUCAUUAAGUUCACUUGGUUCAAAUGUGGAGGACUGUCCUUAGGACUAAGCUGGGCUCAUGUCCUUGGAGAUGCAGUUUCAGCUUUUAAUUUCAUCACCAAGUGGAGUCAGAUCCUGGCGGGUAACCCCCCACCAAAAUCACUUCACAUCUCAAAUCUCUCUGAACCUCAAUUCCCAACUAAGUCCCUCAAUAUUGAGAAACCCUCUAUCAUUAAAAAGACCAGAAUUGUUGGUGAAUUCUGGCUCGCCACUAACGACAACGACGUGGCCACUCACACUUUCCACAUCACAUCCAAACAACUUCAGCAGCUGCUAACGGCCACAAACCAAACCAACAACGCCACAAAAGUUGAAGCUUCAUAUUUUGAAAUUAUUUCAGCAUUGGUGUGGAAAUGCAUAGCGCAAAUAAGUGAUGGCUCUGGACCAAGGGUUGUGACAAUUUGCACAAGUGACUCUAACCGUGCUGAAAAUGAGUUCCCCUCCAACGGCCUCGUGUUGAGCAAAUUCGAGGCAAGUUCGGCUGCUGGGAAAUCUGAUGUGUUAAAAUUGGCUAAGCUGAUUGCUGAGAAAAGGACUGUUGAGAAUCAUGCUAUGGAGAAGUUGGUGGAUGAAGGUGAAGGGAAAGAGGACUUUAUUGUUUAUGGAGCGAACUUGACUUUUGUAGAUUUGGAAGAAGCUGAUUUUCGCGGUGUGAAGCUGAAUGGACAUAAACCGGUUAUGGCGAAUUGUACUUUCCGUGGGGUGGGUGAUCAAGGUGUUGUUUUGGUUCUUCCGGCACCGGAAGAUGGUGGUGGUGAUGGAAGGAUUGUGACGGUUUCGUUGCCUGGGAAAGAACUGGAUCAGUUGAAAGCUAAGCUAGAAGGAGAAUGGGGUAUAAUUUGCUCACGUCCGGGAUUUUGAUUUUUCACGGUGUGAUUGUGUUAAGUUGUGGUUAUGUGGAUUGUUUUCAUAUUGUUUGUGAUGCGUGUUAGGGAUCUGCAAGUUAUUGAAUAAGGGAUUAUGGUCUUAUAGAGUUUGAUUUAUAAAGGAAUCACUUGUGAAAUUACUAAAUGGAAUGUAAUACUUUUUAUAUAUAUAUAAGCUUUUAAUAGAAGUGUUUUAAUUUUGAUCUUA